CCCUAACUUCCUCGCUUCUUCUCCACGACUUUUUCAAACUUUUCAAAACCUCCCUAUAAACUUCAGAUCCUUAUUCCUCACAAUAUUAAACCAAAAAAAAAAACUAACUUUUUGGGACUCCAGAACUAAUAAUGGAUCCCAUAAAACACAUCUCUUUACCAGUUCUUGUCUUGUUUCUACUAUUAUCCGUGUCGGCGGGUCAACCCGGAACCCCGGACCAGAGACAUGACCCGUAUGCUUACAGCGGCAGUCUAAGUCCAGCCAUGGCUGUUGUCGUUGUAGUUGUCAUCGCAGCUCUCUUCUUCAUGGGCUUCUUCACCGUCUAUAUACGUCACUGUACUGGCGCAGUAGACGGUAGCGUUACUCCUGCAGGAGGAGCUAGGAGGAGAGUGACGAACGCAACGGUUGCGCGUGGGUUAGACGCGGAGACGAUCGAGACGUUUCCGACUUUUGUUUACUCAGAAGUGAAGACACAGAAGAUUGGUAAAGGAGCGUUGGAGUGUGCGAUUUGUUUGAAUGAGUUUGAAGACGAUGAAACGCUGCGUCUGUUGCCUAAAUGUGAUCACGUGUUUCAUCCUCAUUGUAUCGGCGCGUGGCUUCAAGGUCACGUGACUUGUCCGGUUUGUCGGACUAAUCUUGCUGAACAGACGCCUGAACCGGAAGUGGUGGUGGAAACCGAUCUUGAGGCGCAGCAGCAAUCGGCGGUUCCUGUACCGGUGGUGGAACUUCCACGUGUUAAAUUCCCGAGGUCGCAUACGACAGGGCAUUCGGUGGUUUUACCGGGAGAGAGUACCGACCGGUUUACGCUUAGAGUACCGGAAGAAUUAAGGAAGAAGAUAAUGGCGAAUUGGAAAUUGAACCGGUCGAAUAGUGUUUUUGUUUUACCGAGAGGAGGAAGCUCGAGGAGUGGUAAACAGGUUGACCGGUCGAGGGCUAAAUCGGACCGGUGGUUGUUCCGUAAAACUCCGUCGUUUCUAUGGAGGAACCGGGAUGAUGGUUCGAUUAGGCUAGGUGGUACCGGUAGUGUUAGAGGAAAUUCAGUAACAAGUCCGAGCGGUGACUCGGUACGAGCAGACCGGUGGGCUUUUCUUAGAAACCCAUCGUUUCUCUGGAGGAAUACGACGCCGGUUCCUUCGCCGAGAGUUGAAGUCAAUAAUAAGGACGGUGAAGGAACAUCGUCAGUUCAACAUAUCGGUACAGUUGGUUCAACUAGCGGUUCCCUUAGGCUACCGGUUUAGUGUUCGGUGAUGUUUUGUGCAUUGUUCAUAAACACGCAAUAGAUUUUACGUAAUUCUUUAAUUUUGUUUGUCUUUUUCUGUAAGAUAUUUAAAUCGACAAUCCAACGGAAAAAGGAGAUUGUUUUACUUAAUUUAUUUUAUACUCUUCAAAAGUCAAACAAAGAACGAACUGGAGAUUGGUCUUGUUCUUAAAAAAAAAAAAAGUCUUGUUCGUCGACCAAAGAAUACAUGGAACUGGAAGAUAGAGACUACAACAUUAUUUUAUAGCGGUAAUGGAAUGUAUUAUCUAGUUCUGAAUUCAUGUGUUUAUUUCUCGAUGAAUACGAUGAACGACUAAAAAAAGAGAGGAACUAUAUAACAAACAAAUUUGUUACCAAUUAAUGAUUGUUUUUUUUUUGGGGAAAUACAACGUUUUUUUUUUCUCAAGUAGUAUUGUUGUCGGACCAAAACAAAAAUUUGUACUAAUAUAUGAAUCAAGUAGAUAAGAACAAUGUAUCAAAUUAAAAUUUCAGAUAAC